UGAAUUCAUAAUAAAAUAUUCUCUUGUUUUUAUCAUAAGCUGCCCAAAAACGCCUUCCUGCUACUUCCAUUCUUCAGUCUUCCCUCUGGUAUAAUCGUACAGAAACAUGCAGAGCAAUCGCAAUGUCAAUAGGAGGUGGCGCUCGUUUUCUGUUUGCGUCCUGCAGAUGUAAAGAUCAGGACAGAGGUUUUUCAUCAGACGCAGUUUAUUUCGGGCGACUCUGACGUCAAGAGACAACACGUUUCAUUCAACAAGCAAGAAACUAAGUUAUUUAUAACCCCCCGCAUCUCCAGGUUGUGAUCCCUGAGUGCGCAGUGAAAGGAAUACACCCCAUUGGACUGAUGUAGCGCGCCUCCGUAACAAAAAGCCACACAGCUCGUCAUCAUGUGCUCAUGGUGACAGAGAGGGACGGCGCACUGUAACCUAAAGUAGGACGCAUCGAUGGGAGCUGCCGCGGCUGGAAAAAUAAAGGAUACCGCAACAAACUUUGUGUUUUGAAUCAGUUAUUUGCCCCUCCAUGUAUAAUCCCUCUCGGAUGGCACCGGACACUUUGAACAUGGAGAGACUCUUCUCUGAGCAGGUCUGUGAGCUCUAAGUUCAACACUGAGAGGACCUGCGACAGGUUGGGGAUAUGGCAGAUAUUUUGGAGCUGCGCACAGAUGGAAACUCUCUCCUGAAGGCAGUGUGGCUCAAACGAUUAAGACUCACCAGGCUCCUGCUGGAAGGAGGUGCAUACAUCAAUGAAAGCAAUGAACGUGGAGAGACGCCCCUCAUGGUGGCCUGCAUGUCGACACACUCCGACCAGCAAAGUGUGACAAAGUCAAAGCUUGUCAAAUAUCUGCUGGACAACCAAGCAGACCCAAACAUACAGGACAAGGCGGGCAGGACAGCCCUAAUGCAUGCCUGCAUCCAUAAGGCCGGGCACGAGGUGGUGGAUCAUCUGCUAAGCAACGGCGCUGAUCCCAGUCUGGAGGACAGGAGUGGGGCUUCGGCUCUGGUCUAUGCCAUCAAUGCGGACGACAAGGAGACAUUAAAGUUACUUUUGGAUGCAUGCAAAGCUAAAGGAAAGGAAGUAAUCAUCAUCACUACAGACAAGUCACCAUCCGGCACUAAAACUACCAAGCAGUAUCUAAAUGUGCCGCCAUCUCCAGAGUUGAUCGAGAGGUCAUCUCCAGAAUACUGCGCCUCUCCCUCCGACGUCAACGUCACCGCAUCUUCCACAUCGGAGCAAGAGCAACAAAACACAGUCUUCAGUUUCCAGACAAAGCUAAAAACUUCUGUCGCAGCAUCAAAGCUCACAAAUGGACCCACAUCUCCAACUCGCCGGCCGGCAAACCCCAAGCGAGCGCGUUUGCCUCAGCUGAAGCGGCUGCAAUCAGAACCCUGGGGCCUGAUUGCACCCUCUGUCCUUGCUGCAGCUGCUGCACAUGAGGAGAGUAAGAAAGCCAGCUCUGAUGAAGAUGUUGUUGCCGGGGUGAAUGGACUCUCUCUGAAUAAGAGAUCCGCUUUGUCCCGGCAGAGCAGCGUGGAUGGGAAGGACAGCCUUUUCCCACUGGUGGGGGACCAGCCGUGCAAAAUGACAACCUCGUUAUCAGUGCCGCCAACAUCUAAGCCGUCAUACGAAAGGUCUCUCGGACAGCACCAGCCGCUGGCUCGCCGCAGUACCGUGCCCACGGAGCAGGAGAACGGCAGCGGCUCCAGCAGUGGACAAGUCAGCCUCAGAGACACGUUGCACAGGAGACGUCUGGGAAAUGAUCACUAUGACUCAGACUCGCAGCUGUACUCAGACUCUGCCAUGUUAGACUCUCCUAAAGUCCCAGUGGAGCGAAGGAAGCUAAACACUUCUCCACUCGCCAUGCUCACCAGUUCUAGAGAAUCUCUUGACAGCAAUGCGAGCACGUCCUCUCCAAGCACGGCGCGAAGGCGUCCACCUGGCCUCCUGGAGAGGAGAGGCUCUGGCACACUACUAUUGGACUACAUCUCCCACACUAGGCCCGGCCAGUUGCCCCCUCUCAAUGUUAACCCAAAUCCACCCAUUCCUGACAUUGGGGCCAGUAACAAGCCCUCUUCACCCCUUCUAGCAGGUAUUAAAUCUAUAGCCCCAGUAGCACCAAACACACCAAAGACAGGAGGUCUCAAGUCAAAGAAGAAACUUGUUAGAAGGCACUCUAUGCAAGUGGAACAGAUGAAACAGCUUUAUGAUUUUGAGGAGCCUCCACAUUAGUUAGGCAUGAUGUUAAUGCAGCAAAUACUGUGGUAGUAGAAACAAAAGCACCCUAUAAUGGCAGGAAGUACAUCCAUAGGUUCAGCUGUGUGUACACACGGCUAACUAGAUGUUGAAUAAUGUAUAAUUUAAAACAAAUGAAUAUGUAUUGAAUCUAAGCAAUAUAGAUAGAUUUCUUUCCUGAGUUACGCCCAGAAUAAGGAUUAUCUUUACAACAUUCCCUGUGUAUGUAUUACUUUUGAAUGUAAAUGCGAAUACAUGGUACCAUUUUUUGCCAAAUGCUUUUUAACAUGAUCAUAUAAUUUGUGAGAAACAUAGCAGGGUUCAUUUUGUAGCCAGCAGGCCACUUGGGUAAACUUUGUGCAUAUGGAAAUGAUCAUUUCUCUGGAAAAAGAUACAGGAGAGAUGCACUUCUCUGAGAUGUAGCUUUGAAUGGGAUGAAACCUGACUGUUUGUAGCAAUUUUGUAAAAAAGUGCCUUCAAGCGAAAGAAACAAAAAAAAGACAAAUGAACAGAUAUAUUUAUUAUAUGAAGGCAAUUCAUUUAUGUUCAUGAACUUAUAAGGAUAGUCCUAUUGAAAUUUUGAAGUGAUAUUCUGUUAAAGGGAUAGCAAUUAUUUUCUUACCUGAAGGUUGAUAAUUCUAUUCAUCUUUAUUAAAUACAAAUCCAGAUUAUUAGAUUCCUGAGGGUGAAUAAUCUCAAGAGAAGCCUAGAUCAAAGCAGGUGUCAUAAAAGAACUCAAAUCGAUAGAAUGUCAUGGCAAUUUUAUGCCAGUGACAUCUUAGCAACUUUUAAGCUGUCAUUAAGUUUGCAUUGGGCAGUUAUUUACAAACAUGCUAAUGUUAAUUUAUAAAUAAUAACAAUAAUAAUAAUAAUAAUAAUAAUAAAUCAAAGCUGGAGGUUGUGUGCCACAAAUUAUCUUCCUGUGUGAAACACUUACGGCUAACAUGAAGAAUUUCCAGCCAUUGUGGAUAUAUUGCAAAACUCUUGAGUAAAAAAAAAAUUGUGAUAAAAACCUACGAUUAAAAUUAAACAAUUGUAUUAUAAAAAAAUUUAUUAAAAUCGUAAUGUAGAGCAGUGUGUUCAGGGUGAUGUUUGUUAGUUUUCUACCACUCAGCUCUUUUCAUAUGGAAACAAGAUGUCUAGUUAAAAAAAAAAAUAUAUCUUAAAAGGUUUUUAUUCCCUCUCUUCAUUAGAGUUACUCUGACCGGAACCUAUUAAUUCCUAUAUUUUUAGCAUGUGUUUCACACUGGAGGGUCAUUGGUGGCGCACCACACCACAUAUACUGCCUUCAUUUUCCUUGUAAAUAAUCAUUGACUUCUCUGUAAAUAUCAUUUCAUUACAAACAUGGUGACAGAUUAAGGGUUAUUAAAUAGAGUUUUCAUAAACUCUCAUAAUAUUUUUGAGAUUGGAGUUGUUUGUGACAUUAUGAAUCUCGGCUUAGUUGACUUAGGAUGAAUUUUGACUUUAUAAAGGUGUAGUAAAAAUAUUUACUUCUCAGCAGAAUCUCACUUCAAAAAUAUUGGACUACCCUUUAGCAAUGUCUACAUUAUUCAUUUGACGUAAAACUAAAUAAAGACAAAGAAUGAGUGAACAUAUUAAUCAACAUUAUGCCUCAUAGGCAAGACAGUAGGCUAUGAUGUUUGACAACAUUUUAAUGCUCAUAAAAAAUGUCAAUGUUAGCAGUGUUAAAAAAUAGUCUAAUGAAAGCUCAUGUCUUAAAUGUUUUUUUUCCAUGUAAAAGUGGAUAAUAUAUAAGCUCCCAGUCCACGCAGACACUGGUGAAAUGUCAUUUAAUGACAAUUUAAGGAUCGUGCAGCUUCCAUGUAACUUAUCUGUGAAGCAGUGCUACUUUUUAAACAGAGAAAACAACAUAGCUGAAUAGAUAGUAUUUUUGCAAGUAGUUUGUUGUACAUUCUAAAUAAAUGUCUAUCAAACGUGAA